GAAGUGAAUUUAUUUUAUAGUAAUGGCUGCGUGUUUGUGUUAAUUGUCGAAUAUAAUAUUUUUUUUUUCUGAAAAAAUGGCUGAUUUAGAUCCAGAUUCACUUAAUAAAUUGCGAGUGAUAGAUUUGAGAGAGCAUCUAUCAAGUCGUGGUUUAUCAACAUCAGGUUUGAAAGCUGAUCUAGUCAAACGACUCCGAGAAGCUAUACUAAAUUCUGAUCAGAAUGACGGAAAUAUUUCUGAAAAUGUACAAAAUUCUGAUGAAGAACCUAUGGAUAUAGAUGAGCAAUCUAAUGAAAAUGAAGAUAAUCAAUCAACUGAUGAGGGAGAACAAUUGGACUCAACCGAAAAUGAUGGACAAUUAGAUGAAGAAGAAAAUGCCAGAUUAAGAGCAGAAGAGGAAGCAAAACUUAGGGCAGAGGAAGAAGCUAGACUCAGAGCUGAGGAAGAGGAAGCUAGGCUCAAAGCAGAAGAAGAUAGGCUUAGAGUUGAAGAAGAAGCUAGGCUCAGAGCAGAAGAAGAAGCUAGGCUCAGAGCAGAAGAAGAAGAAGCUAGGCUCAGAGCAGAAGAAGAAGCUAGGCUCAGAGCAGAAGAAGAAGCUAGGCUCAGAGCAGAAGAAGAAGCUAGGAUCAAAGCAGAAGAAGAAGCUAGACUCAGAGCUGAAGAAGAAACUAGACUCAGAGCAGAAGAAGAAGCUAGGCUCAGAGCACAGGAAGAAGCUAGACUCAGAGCAGAAGAAGCUAGGCUUAGGGCAGAGGAAGAAGCUAGACUUAAGGCAGAGGAAGAAGCUAGGCUCAAAGCAGAAGAGGAAGAAGCUAGACUCAGAGCAGAAGCUAUGCUCAGAGCAGAAGAAGAAGCUACGCUCAGAGCAGAAGAAGAAGCUAGACUUAGAGCAGAAGAAGAAGCUAGACUUAGAGCAGAAGAAGAAGCUAGGCUCAGAGCAGAGGAGGAGGAAGCUAGGCUCAGAGCAGAGGAAGAAGCUAGGCUCAGAGCAGAGGAAGAAGCUAGGCUCAGAGCAGAGGAAGAAGCUAGGCUCAGAGCAGAAGAAGAAGCUAGGCUCAGAGAAGAAGAGGAAAAAGCUAGACUCAGAGCAGAGGAAGUAGCUAGGCUCCGAGCAGAAGAGGAAGAAGCUAAACUUCGAGCUGAAGAGGAAAAGGCUAGAAUCCGAGCAGAAGAGGAAAAAGCUAGAAUCCGAGCAGAAGAGGAAAAAGCUAGACUCCGAGCAGAAGAGGAGGAAGCCAGACUCAGAGCUGAAGAAGAGGCUCUACAUGAAGCUCAGGAAGAAGCUAGAUUAAAGAUUGAGCAGGAAAAAAUAAAUGAAAUGAAAAAACUUGCUGAGGCAGAAGAAAAUAAAAAGGCAGCAGAGAGGAGAAUGGAGGUAGAAGAAGAGAUGAGAUUAGAACAAGAGAAAUGGCUUGUUGAAGAACAAAUGCAGCGUGCUCAAGAAGAACACAGAAUGCGAAUGAAAGCAGAAGAGCAGAAACGUCUUUUAGAAGAAGAACGCCUCAGGAAAACUAGUGUUGCUGAAGAUGAAGAAACACAGAAAAGUGCUGAUGAACAAAAGCAGUUUCUAAUUGACGAACAACCAAAAUUAUCUGAAGAAGACAUAAAAUUGCCUCAAGCUAUUGAAAAAGUUCUUGCUCUUAAAAAUGAAAGAGCUCAACUUCUUGGAAUAGAUCCAGAUGCAGAUGUGCAACCUGCUCCUACUGCAGAUGAUAAAGGUGCAUCCCAAAAAUCUGCUUCUGUAAUGUUAAUUCCUGUUGAUGAAGAGGAUGCUUAUAAUGAGGAAGAGGAUUCUGUUAUGAAAAACAAAGAAUCUAAAAAUAAACGUCGCAAAAAGAAAAAGAAGAAGAAUCGUCAUUCAAAAAUUGAAGAAAAAAAUGAUAUAUUUAUAGAAAAACAUAAUGAUGCAAAUAAAGAUAUUGAUGUGGAAUAUGUACAAGAAGUCAUAGAUGUUUCAGAUCCAUUAUAUUCUCAGUUUAUGAAAAUAUUUGAGAGAUUUAAAUUAACAGAUGCUGAAAAAGAUAAAGAAGAAACACCAGUAGAUGUUGCUAAAGAUCAGACUAAAGAAGAAAAUAUUAAUCCUAUGGCUCUAAGAAAAAAACCAGUUGAUUUAGAUGAUGAUGAUGAUGAUGAUGAAAGAGACGAUGACGAUAAAAUAGAGGAAGAAAAACCAAAGUUAUCUAAAAGGAAAUUGAAAAAACUAAGUAGAAUGACAGUUGCAGAAUUAAAACAAAAAGUGAGCCGACCUGAGCUGGUGGAAAUGCAUGAUGUCACUGCUAAAGAUCCUGUUCUUUUAUUGCAUUUAAAAGCUUCUCGUAAUACUGUGCCUGUACCUCGACAUUGGUGUUUCAAACGAAAGUAUUUGCAGGGGAAGCGGGGGAUUGAAAAGCCUGCUUUUGAACUGCCAGAUUUCAUCAAACGAACAGGUAUCAUGGAAAUGCGACAAGCGCUGCAAGAAAAAGAAGAUCAGAAAACAAUGAAAGCUAAGAUGCGUGAAAGAGUAAGACCUAAAUUAGGCAAAAUUGAUAUUGAUUAUCAAAAGCUUCAUGACGCAUUUUUCAAAUGGCAAACCAAACCUAAAAUGACUAUUCAUGGAGAUUUAUAUUAUGAAGGAAAAGAAUUUGAAACAAGAUUAAAAGAAAAAAAGCCAGGAGAUUUGAGUGAUGAUUUAAGAACGGCCUUGGGUAUGCCCACUGGUCCUAAUGCCCAUAAAUGUCCUCCACCAUGGCUUAUUGCCAUGCAGCGUUAUGGACCACCUCCAUCCUAUCCCAAUCUAAAAAUUCCUGGUCUCAAUGCUCCAAUACCUGAAGACUGUUCGUUUGGUUAUCAUGCUGGUGGUUGGGGUAAACCACCUGUUGAUGAAACUGGCCGUCCAUUGUAUGGUGAUGUAUUUGGAACUCAAAUUGCUGAUAAUCAACCUAAUAUCCAAGAAGAAGAAAUCGAUCAUACUCUUUGGGGUGAACUUGAAUCUGAGUCUUCUGAAGAAGAAGAAGAUGAGGAUGAAGAAGAAGAUGAAGAUGAAGAAGAAAAAGCUGAAGAUGAAUCUGGCUUAGUGACCCCUGCUGAAGGUCUUAUUACUCCAAGUGGGUUUAGCUCAAUCCCUGCUGGCAUGGAGACUCCAGACAUGAUAGAACUGCGUAAAAGAAAAAUAGAAUCUGAAAUUGAAGGUGGUGAAACACCAGCAUUGUAUACAAUUCUGCCAGAAAAGAAAGGUGAACGUAUUGGUGCUGCUAUGAUGGGAUCCACACACAUAUAUGAUCUAGCUGGUGCCAUUCCUGCAAACAAACUUAAAAUGCCAGGAACUUCCUCUGUUCCUCCACAGGGAAUAGAAGUUGCUUUAGAUCCUAGUGAAUUAGAAAUGGACAGUGCUGCUAUGGCUGCUCGCUAUGAGCAAACCAUGAGAGAACAACAAUCGCAGUUAGAGAAGGAAGAUUUAAGUGAUAUGGUUGCUGAACACGCUGCUCGUCAGAAAAAUAAGAGAAAGAAGCAGCAACUUACAAGCACAAAGCCACCAAAGAAAUACAAGGAGUUUAAAUUUUAAAACUUUCAUUUUGAAUAUUUCAUCCUUUUUUUUAUGGAAUUCAGGAUUGAUCAUCAUAUUGAAUAGUUGUUUAAUAAAUAAAAAAUCUUCCUGUUACUUUUAUUUUUGAUAUAAUUUUAUUUUAUUCAUUUUAUUACUAGGAAAUUAAAUUAAAAAGAAUUUUCUUUAGCCCUAUCUAUUCAUCAAACUGUAAUAAGAUUGGCAUAAAAAUAAAAUGUAAUGUGCCUUUUAAAUUGAACAUGGAGUUAUAUUUUUAAACAGUGUUUAAUUAUUAAUACUUCCUGUCAUUUGAUUCAUAUUUGAACCCUCCUCCUUCUUUAAGCAAAUGGUUAUUUAUCCUGUAUUCUUUUUUCUCUCUCUUCAUUUUUUCUCUCUGAAAAUGUUACAUUUUUUAAAAAGGAAUGAUGUAUGAAAUAGUUGCUUACAUUUACUGAUAAAAAUAUCUAUUCAUAAGUUAAAAAUCUUAAUAAGAAAUAAGAUAUUUGAAUUAAAAAAAAGAUUUGAAUAGCAAAUAUUUAUUUUUGAUCUCUAUCCACAAUACCAGUUAUUGGUAAAAGACCAUGUAUUCUUUUUGUUAUACAUUGACAACUUAAUUUUAUUUAUAAAAGGCAAUGGUGUUCUAAUUUUUUACUCUUGACUACUUUGUUUUUCUUUGACUACUCCUAAUAAUAAUACAUAAACUAACUUCAAUUUGCAUGGCUUUCUCAAAUGAAGUAUCAAAAAUUUGUUUGGUUUUAUGAAUUAAAAUUUAAAAGUAAAUAUCAUUUUGUUUUUAUAAAAAUCAAAGGAAUAUGCAGUUAAUAUUUUUAAAAUAAUAAAAUUGAAUAUUCAUUAAAUUCAUUUACUGUUUUUAUUUUACUUACAUCACAAAAAUUAGUAUCACAAACUUGAGUAGUUAAGAAAUCUCUUGUUUUAUGUACUUUUUGAUUUUUUUAUUACACCAUAUAAUAUUAACUAUUACUUUUUAUGAAAACUACUUUACUAUGUUUAUAUAAAUAUAAAAUUUGUUUAUUAAUAUCCAUUCAUAUUGUUUAUCAUUUACAGAACAUUUGUAAUAUUUGUACAUAUUCUGUAUUAAAUGUCAUUCUGCUCCAGAGCAUGAAAUUGCUCGUAAAGAAGUUAAUGAACUUUGAAAA